AGUCAAUGAUUGCUACCUUCAGAUCAAACUUUGAACUUGUUUAUUUUUUGGGUGACGGGAGUGAGCCUUCCUGGGCUCACCAUCCCCUGCCAGAACCACCACUGCUUCCCAGGGUUACUCUGCAGCAGCUUCAGUGGCUGAAAGUGAAAACUGAACAAAGGGAUUAAAUUUUGAGAUUUCUGAGGCCUACAACUUCAUCACUUGAUAAGCAGAAGGAAAAUGCAAAACUCAAGUUAUUUUUCUUCAUUUUCACUCUAUUUGUAGCAUAAGAUGCUAUAUGUUUCUAGACAAACAUAUUGUUGAAUAAUGACUUUUACUGGAAAAACAAAAUGACACAGCAUUUUUGUGUAAAAAGUAUCAUUACAUGAAUGAUAGCAUGUAAAAUAUGAAGGGCUGUCAAUCUACUUAUUAUAUGUUUGUACAAUCUGGUAUUAAAAUGCUUUCACCAGAAGAUGUUCUGCGAAAAGAUCUGAAGUUGGUUCAUGGUUGUCCCAUGCCUUGUGCUUUUGUGAGCAACUGGGAAAAGAUUGAACAGUUUUGUAGUAGACCAGAUGACAUUGUGAUAGCCACUUAUCCUAAAUCAGGUAAUACUUGGAUUAGUGAAAUUGUAGACAUGAUUCUUAAUGAUGGAGAUAUUGAAAAAUGUAAGCGAGAUGUUAUUACCAAAAAAGUUCCAAUGUUGGAAAUGUCAGUCCCUGGAGUAAGGACAUCAGGUGUAGAAGAAUUAGAGAAGAAUCCAUCACCCCGGAUUGUGAAAACACAUCUACCGACUGAUCUUCUUCCUAAGUCUUUCUGGGAGAACAACUGCAAGAUUAUUUAUGUGGCUCGUAAUGCUAAGGAUGUUUCAGUCUCAUAUUACCAUUUCGACUUAAUGAAUAAUUUACAACCUUUUCCUGGUACCUGGGGAGAAUAUCUGGAAAAAUUCAUAGCUGGAAAAGUGAGCUAUGGUUCCUGGUUUACUCAUGUUAAAAACUGGUGGAAUAUAAAGGAAGAACACCCAAUACUUUUCUUGUACUAUGAAGAUAUGAAAGAGAAUCCAAAGGAGGAAAUCAAGAAGAUCAUGAGAUUUCUAGAGAAGAACCUGAAUGAUGAGGUCUUGGAUAGGAUCAUCCAUCACACCUCAUUUGAAGUGAUGAAGGACAAUCCUUUGGUGAAUUAUACACAUCUACCAACUACGGUGAUGGAUCAUAGCAAAUCCCCUUUUAUGCGUAAAGGGAUCAUUGGUGACUGGAAGAAUUACUUCACAGUGGCCCAAAAUGAGAAAUUUGAUGCCAUUUACAAGACAGAAAUGUCUGAAACUGCACUUCAAUUCCGCACAGAGAUUUCAAGGGCCUAAAUCAUAAAUCUGAAGAAAGAAGAGACUAUCUAUAUUUGAUUGAAAUAAGGGCAGUUAUUAAUUGAUUUGGGCAAUCAAAUGAAUUUAUAAAGGAGAAUAAUAUGCUUUUAAAACAUUGAUUUUUUUCAGUGUUAUUAAUCACACCCCAAUUUUGUUCCUUUGAUUCUGAGGUUCCAAAUUAUCUAAGGCUAAAGUUGAUUAUUAUCUUUUUGUAACAAAGGAACAAUGUAACAAGCUCUUCCUGCCUUUUCCUACACUAGAACUGAUAAGGAAGAAGGGACAUAUUUUGCUUAAUCUCUCAUAUAUUAGGAUUUAGAAUUAAGUUCUCCUCCCUAGUACCAUGAUCCAAGAAAUGCUGUUUUCAUAAUGACACUAUAUUUUGUAACCCUGCCCCAAUUUCCCUUUGAUGAAAAUUUGACCCAGGACACUGUGUUCCACUGCUGUCUACUGAGUUUCAAGUUGUUCUGAGUCAUAGCUCAUCUUGCAAUGCCUGUAUUUGGAUAACAUACUUCAUGUCCCAGAUCAUGUCCCAGAUCAGAUUUUGGAAGUAUUUUUUUCUACAUCAUACCAAAUGUCAAAGUUUCCCAAGGGCGAACACCUACAAUAGUCUCUGUAGAGUUCUUCCCUGGGAACUGCAGCUCUGUUCUGAGAGCUGGUCCUGAGGGCUGUGACCUGCUUCCUAUGAGGAGUCCUCUUUUACCCAGACCCAUUUGAUAUUCAGAGAAUCACCUACUGCUUUGUUCUGGUCACCAUUUGAGAACUUUAGUUACUUGCUCUUAUGUUUAAAUAUAUUUGGAUACUUUAAUAGCACCUCCAAUACCCUAGACAUGAUCACAGCUUUUGCUGAAAAUUUCCCAAUCUGGUGCCCAGUGAAGACUCUCUACUCUGCCCUCCUGACCCAAUGUUCCUUAAAUUACGUGCUAAUGUCUAUUUGUUUGAUCUAUGGUUUCUUGGAACAUUUAUUUAUCAACUCCACUUUUCCAUUAGAAGUCGUUGUUUAUAUCUUCAUGUGCAGCAAAGUCUUUUUCCUGAGGUCAGAUCACCUGUGCCAAGAUAUAUGGCAAGUCAUGGUUCUCAAACUGAAGCUAGAGUACCUUGGGCCCUUACUUGUUCUGAAAGGGGUGGGGGUGGUGGUUUCUGACACAUUGUUAGACUUUCCUAGCCACAACUAAGGUAGCUAUGGUUUAUGGUAUUUUAACUUCACAGGUGAAUCUCUGCUGUCAGCCAGGAAUAUCUAAAAUAGCUCCUUAAGCUGUAACUUUUCUCUUUUCUAACGCCUGUAAAGGACUAGUCUAAUGUUAACUAUAAACCCACUAGAAGUAGUACACCUAUUAUUCUUGAGAUAGUUGCUUCUAUAGAUAGUUGCUUCUAUAAUAUGUGUUAUGAAGUAUUUUAGAGUAUGUAAUUUGUGUUUAUGUUCCACAGAAACAUAUUUCACAGGAGUUAGUCUUGACUAUCUAGAGGUAUUAUGAACUAGUUUCAGCUUUCUCCAAUACUCUUGUCCACAAGAAGUAAACGAAAAUAAAUCAUGUAUCUAUUUGCUCUAUUAUAUUUGUUAAUUAAUAAAUUAAUGUGGCCUGAAUAUA